AUUAUUAAUUUAAAAUUUUUUUGUAAAUCUUUUAUUAUUAAUUUAAAUUUUAGGUGGGAGAUCACAUAAAACAAACUGAACUCUAUAAAAAGAAUAAUUUAAAUAUAAUAAUAAUAAAUCUAACAAACACCUAAUAAAAUAAAAAUCAAAACAAACAUAAAAAUGAUUCACUUUAGUAACGAUACAUUCUAAUAAAAUAAUUACCAAAAAAUAAAAAAAUCAAUAACUUAAAGGUUUUAAAUUAUUUUUCAGAGAGUUGAAUAGAAAAAUAAUAUUAUUAAAGAGAGGAUACUUAACACUUUUACUAAAAAAAUUUAGGAAUCAGCUUCUAAUAAUGACUCAAUCAUAAAAAUGAAAAAUUUAAUUGAAAAAUAAGAAUCAUAAAUAAUAAGAUUUACUGCUAACAAAUCUUUUAAUUUCUUAUAUAGAGAUGUGCUUUAGGAAAGGUUUGACAAAAAUGUUGAAUAAGAUGGCUUUUAAUAGACUUUGGCUUGUAAUAUGGCUUCUGGUGGAAUAUCAGGAAUGCUUUCUUACAUAAUAACUUAUCCUAUAUAAAAAAUAAUAGAUUUUUCUAAAAGUGUUCAAACAAAUCCUGCUAACUAAGAUGAAAACAAAGAGCGUUUGCAAAAUCAAAUCGAAGAAUUUCAAAGAAAGAAAAUGUUUAAAAUGACUUUCUUUUUCUACUCAGGACUCUAUUUUGGCUUUUACGAUACACUGUAACAAAUAUUUCCUGUUAAAGAGAAAAGAGAUUUUAGAUUAAGAGGUUGGGAAGCACUAUUGCUAGCUAAAUUUGUUUCUUAUCCUGGAGAAUUUAUUGCAAAAAAAAUAAAAGCUUACAAAGAUUAAGAGUCUAAAUAUAAUAGUCACCAUAGUGAGAAUUUGAGGUAGCUAAUAGAAAAAGAAGGCUGCAGGGUAAUAUCUAGAAGUCCUUUAUCCUUUUUGACAAGAUUGCUAUCCAAUUUUGCUGCUAUUACAGGAUAUGACUUUUUACUAUUUGGGGUCAAAGAAUAAGACCCUUUUAUAAACAGUUAUUGAAAUUAAUUAAUCAUAAUUAUCUACAUAGCUCAAUACUUUUUAUUUAUUAUAUAUUUUAAAAAUUUCUGUUUAUUUCUAUAUUAAUGUAUUUGAAUUACAAUAUUUUAAAAGUGAUACUUAAAAUUUUAUGAUAUUUAUGUGAUAAAAU